AUGCACCCAGUGAGUUGUAGUCUUCUGCUCCAGCUACUCUUCUGCCAGAGCCAUGCAAACAAAGUCCUCCUUAUCUCCCUCGACGGUUUCAGAUGGGACUACAUCGAAGUAGCCAGGAAUGCCGGCAGGAACGUGAGUGCUUUCGAGGCGAUUGCAGUUAGCGGCUUUCGCGCGGAAGUUAAAAACGUUUUUCCCACCAUCACCUUCCCCACGCACUUCGCUAUCGCGACCGGCCGCUACGUUGAGAACCACGGUCUCUAUAAUAACAAAUUUUGGGAGCCUAGACUUGAGCGUUAUUUUAGCUACAGCAGGCCGGCAGAUUCUAUGGAUCCUGACUUCCUGAACUACAACCAGAAUGAGCCCAUCUGGAUCACAAAUCAACGUCACGGCAAGCGCAGUUGCAUCUUCUACUGGCCAGGUAGUCAGAGUAUCUACGCGAACAAGUAUCCCUUCGCGACUUUCGGCCUGUACAGCGAUGUGCCCACAUUGGAAUUCCGUGUGGAUCGUGUGAUGGACUGGUUAAGUCUUGAUGACUUCAACUUCUGCAUGUUCUACUUCAAUGAGCCAGAUAGCACGGCGCAUCGUUAUGGUCCAGACUCGGAGGAAGUUCUAGAUGCUAUUGAACGGGUUAAUAAGGGGAUCGCGUACCUGUUAAAAAGGAUCAAGGCGAGCCCGAAACUCAGCGGCAAGGUGAAUCUCAUUGUGACAGGGGAUCAUGGUAUGGCACAAAUACCUCCAGAAAACCGAAUCAAUCUUCACGAGGCUGUCACCGUUGACGAAUAUUUUGGAAAUGUGUCGCCUGUAUUGGUUGGCCUCUGGCCUAAUGCGACUCAGAGCGUACAGGAAAUGUACAACGCCAUUGUCUCUAAGAAACUGAAUAAUUGCUCCGUAUGGCUGAAGGAGGACUUGCCCGAACGGUUUCAUGUUAAGAGGAGCUACCGCGCACCACCAAUCUUCAUUUUGGCGGACAAUGGCUUUUUGAUCAACAGAGAAAUAGAUCAGUACAACACCCCGAAAGGUAAGUCAGUUUGA